ACAGAACUCCCCCUCUCCAUCUUGGUUUAUCUCUCCGUGUUCUCUAGUCCUCGUGUGUCUGUGUGGUGUGUGCGCCCGACCCGCUUCAUUUUUUUUAGCUGUCUUUCCAUACUCGCUACUCGCCGUAAACGUCUGUUCUAUCUGAUAUAAUUAUCAACACGUCGAGCCGAAAACGCUCAUAUCGAAUUCCUUGAGGCGCCUUCUCCACGACGACGACAACGACAGUAACAACAACUACGAAUAUUUUCCCGUCUUUGCCCUACUUAUAUAUUGCUCACAGCAACGACCUUUCCCCCCCUCCCACGCCAAAAGGUUCAUCACAAAACGAACGGAACGAUCAGAGGCGAGGGCUGGGUGCUAUAACUAUCGAAAACAUCAUUACGCAAACAGCAAGAGGUUGCGAACGUAGUGGCUAUUACAACAACGUUAUAGGAUUAUGGCUACAGAUGUGCCAUCGGAUACUAUAAUCCCUGGACAGGAAUGUCCAGUUGCCAACAACGGAUCGAGUGAGUCAGGACCGUCAUUCAUAUCAUCAACACCACCAUUAAAUAAUAUUGAUGCAUUGCGCUCUCAAGCCUUGCAAGAACGAAGGAAUAAACUAAGCACGAUAAGCAAACACAACGAAGCUUUGCUCAAAGAAUUGUUUUUAUUGAUGGGCCGAGGACAGCAAAGAGUAGAGGAGAAUAGCCAAGACGCUGGAAGAGAGACUCAGUUCAUGGAGUUCAUGGAGGAUAAAAGGGACCCCUCGCAAUGGAACUCGUUCUUGGAAGAAAAUAAGCUCAGAACACCGGACUCUUUUACAAUCAUCAAAGAGGAAACGAUGGAAGAAGACACAGGCCCCCUAGUCCCACCGCAGCAGGAGCCGCCACACCAGCAGCUUGAGCGUGCGCCAUCACCGCAACAACAGGAGCAGCCACAGCUUCCUCAAGAACGACAGCUUCCGCAAACCGAGCCACAGCUGCAACAAUCGCAGGAACAGGAACAGGAACACGAAGCCACACUUCAGUCUACUACCAGUCCGAAGGCACAUUCAGAGGAACCCAGCAAGAAAACUGCUGCUGAAAAUGCAGAACCAGUGAUAAAAACAGAAGAGUCUGCAAUCACAGCAACAACGCCUCAACAGCAGCCACAGCCACGCCGUUCAAUAAAGAUGGCGCCGCGACGCACAGAGAUACCAACGCAACGGAGACCCGAUGCCAAUUAUUACCCGCCACAAACAUACAAUGGAUUGAUUUUCCCAGAUUAUCGUAGCGACAAGACCGAGGGACUUGAUUUGUAUGCGUGGCAGUUGCGUGUCAAUGCGCAACCGCUGUCUAAAUCCUUACAAACUGCAAGAAAAGUGGUCAUGACAAGUGAUUGGGCGCUUGCGCGAGACGAACUGAAAUCAGUAAAGACGAUCCAAUCGAUUGAAAACCUAAAGAAACAGAGUCUUUGGAGUUUACGACAGCUGAAACGACAAAAAGCUGUGCCGAGAACAAAGACGCAUUGGGAUUUCAUGUUGGAUGAAAUGAAAUGGAUGCGUACAGAUUUUAGGGAAGAACGCAAAUGGAAAAUUGCAACGGCCUAUUCUUUAGCUCAUGCAGUGAUGGAUUGGCAUGCGACAGCCGAUAAAUCGUCUGUUUGCAUAAAGAUCCGCCCGCGUCGAGUCACUGCUGCUGAAAAGGAGGAAAAAAUAGAGGAUGUGAUCACUGAGGAUCAGCGGGAAACUGAGCCAUUUGCGACAAGCAUGGACGCCAUAGAUGAGCCAAAGAUGAAUGGAAACAGUGAAACGGUACUUGUCAACGGCGGCAAUACAGAUUCUGCGAUUUCGACAACCGCGAACACUAUAGCUCCUGCACUAGAUAACACAUCCUCCUCCUCUUUACAGCCGCCAGAAGCAGAAUCAUCAUCAUCGUCAUCGUCGGUAGCAGCAGCAGCAGCACCAAAGGUAGUUACAGAACCUCAAGCUCCACCAGUAGCACUAUCACAGCAAGUGAUGCAAGAAUACCGAACGAUUGUCCGUAAUUUCGAUCCAAACAAGACUGUGAUUACGCUUCCAGUAGACGAUUUCGGAGACUUUGACAUUCAUGCCGUGUUUCCCGAUUUACUGUGUUACGAGCCACCCAACCCCGACUACAAUGACCCAUACUUUGACGAGGCCGAGUAUGGACGUAUUGUCGCACUUACCAAACUGGUAACAAAGAAGGUGAUCCUCAAGCGGAAACAGCGACUGAGUCGUAAGCGCAAUGCGGAUGGCGACCAACUUGCAGUGCAUGAUGGCCAUGAGGAGGACGAGAUUGAGGUUAAGGUGUUGCCUCGAAACGAGCGCUAUGACAGCACGCCAUUAAUGUCACAACUGUUUGCGCCAAAGAAGCAUAGAGACAUCCCGGCUGCACAACCCCCAACACCAAAAGCACCCACUACGCCCCCACCUACCAACAACAGCACCUGGACUGAGGACGAUGAUCUCUGCCUGAUCCAGAUGAUCCUGCAGUACUCGUUCAACUGGAACCUCAUCACCGAUGCGUUCAAUGCCAUCCGUCUUCCCAAGACCGGUGAAGUGCGGACGCCAUGGCAGUGCCAUGAGCGUUGGAAGCAGAAUAACUUGACGUCCUUGUCAGGUCAAGUGAGCCCAGCCUAUGCUUCAAAACUCAAGAAAGAAGCGACCAAGCGACCAUCGCUGAUCAAGUUCGACUCGGUGACAAAGAGGCAGAGACAGUACAAUAUUCUUGAAUCGAUCAAGAAGACGCAAAAGAAACGCGAAGAAUUACAGAAGCCUCCAUCAACCUCGUCAGGGCCUCGCCCCACGAUCGAGACACAUGGAAUGGGCUUCAAUGGCCAGCGCUUACCGACGGCGAUGGAGUUGAGUCUACACAAGACGCAACGCGACCGACAGAUACAACAAACGUUGAUGGAACAGCGACAACUGUCUGCAGGAUAUAGUCUAAACGGCCAACCAGCAAAUAUCAACCAAGUACGGCCAGUUCACCAACCUGGCCAUUCACCAAUGGGAGGACAGCCUCGACCACCGAUGACAGCUGUUCCAAGCACAUCGAUUCCAUCGAACGGUGCAGUAGCAGGGGGAGUCGUAGGUAUGGGUGGGAUGAGUAGGCCACCCAUACCUGCCUCGGCAGCAGCAGCAGCAGCAGCAAACGUUGCGCGACCUCCAACGAUACCAACCACUCAGAGUGCGGCGCCGGGAACCCCACAGAGCAGAUACCCAGCUGCGCAAUUGCAUCUUUUGCGACAGCGUCAAAUAGCUCUGGCUCAAGCAGCAGCAGCAGCGGCAGCCCAACAAGCAGGUCGACCCCCUGUGUCGGCGCCUAUUCAACGGUUCGGUACUAUAAUGCCUGGUUCGCAGCCUCAGCCCGUGUCGCAUUCACCUGUGGCAAGCUCGACGACGGAUGGAAUCCCAGUACAGCAGCAACAGCAGCAACAGGUGCAUCCCAUGUCUGCUUCACCUGGUAUGCCACAACAACCACAUCCUUUACCACCCCAGUCACAACCACAGCAACAUCCACCCCAAUCUCAGCCUCAACAACAACAACAACCGCAACCACCACCAGGCAGCGUGCCUACGCAGCAGCUACCGCAGCAGCAACAACAGCCGGGUACUAUGCACGCAUCGUCACCUGCGAAUACACUAGCUGUCGCCGCACAAUUAGUUCAGAUGGGGUAUCCUAUCCAUCAGCUAGCCCCGAACCAACAGCUCCAGUUACAACGCUAUCUUGCGCAGCAGAUGCAGAUGCGCAAUGCUGCUGCUGCUGCUGCUGCUACCCAGGCUCAAGCGCAAGCACAAGCACAUGCUCAAGCACAGCAACAUCAACACCAACACCACCAACAGGCACAACAAGCAGCCGCAGCAGCAGCAGCAGCAGCUGCCGCGGCGGCUGGUGCUUCGAACGGUAUGAAUGGGACUUCAGCUUCUCCUGCCAUCUCCCAGUUCCCACAAAUGACCGCAAGCCCAGCAAUGGGCCAGUCACCACAGCAACUUGCAGCAGCAGCAGCAGCAGCUGCCGCCGCAGCCGCCGCGGCUUCGAAUGGAGGUAACCAAAGCGGACUUCCUGCUGCUCUGUUAGCGGCACAACAACAGCAACAUCACCACCAAGCUCUCCAGCAAAGAUUCCAAGCUGCCCAAUUGCAACAAGCCUUACAAAUGCAACAGCAGCAGUUGCAGCAACAGCAACAACAACAACAACAACAACAACAGCAUCAGGGUUCUCCUGUCACACAACUCACUCCUCAGCAGCAACAAUACCUUCAACUAAUCCAGCAGCAACAGCAACAACAGCAGCAGCAGCAAAGUAGUCCUCGACAACCACAAUUGCAACAACCACCAGCACCACCACAAGGGUCACCGAUGAUCCAGCGAAGUCCACAUGGACCACCGCAUGUAUGAACACCCUUCCCGUCUUAAUUUUUUUGUUUUGAUCCACCUUUUUCACCAACCCGCCCCAGACCCCCGUGCCCCCGGUUCUUGUCUUUGUCUCUAAACCUUCUUUGUUUCAUAAUUAUUAUUCUCUCUCUCUUUUUUCUUUUUCGAGCGCUUCUUUUCCUUGUAACUAGUACUAUAUUACUAUCUCCUAACCGAAUUGCUUCUUCUUACAAACUAUAUCAAAUGCAACAUUCAUGUUAAACUGUACUAUCCAAUCAAACACAUGAUCGUUCUGUGGAAAAAAGACACAAUGAACCAACCGAAAGUUUAAAACCCUUUUUCCACGCUAAAGCACAUGUAGAGGAUGACACGUCCCACCUUUGCGCCACAUCAAAACAAGGGAUGAGAAUCAAAA